AGUCAUCUUUGCCAUCGCGCUUUUGUCGGCGGCCUUCUCUCUGCAAACGAGCCGCGGAACGAGCGACGGGGAUGAGAGCGAGCCAGAUCCCCGAUACGCUCAGCGGACCCUUGCACCCGCUGGGGCUCCUCCCUAUCCUCGGCGAGAGAAGAGAUGGGUUGCGGGCCCGAUGGGUGCGCUCUGAUGGGAUGGGAGCAUCCGUCCUCCGUAGGCACUACUGCGAAAACCGCUGGCCCAUUCACCUGGCGUGCACGUGGGCGCCCCCUCCAGGAGCACACGCCCUGUACAUGAGCAGAGAGUACCGUCGCAGCGGGCCAAAGGGGAGAGAACCGUUGGGGGCGGCUGCUGCUGCUGCUGCUGCGCAGUAUCGGUCCGCGGUCACGGCGUAGAACGGAAGAAAGGGAGGGGCGGGUGGGGUAGGUUAUCCGGGUAUGUAGAGAGGCACUCCCCCCGCUCGUCUCUCGCUCCCUCCGCGUUGGCCGGCGGGGACCGUCGGGCUGGCGCGCG